ACAUCAUGUCACAAGAAGACAUAUACCUCCAGUCCUACCCGUUCACCACUGCGGCUGCCAUCAUCGGGUUUGUGGACCGCAAGGUGAACGCAGUUUUGAUCGAUGGCCGUGCCGUCAUGGGCGUGCUAAGGACCUUCGACCAGUUCGGUAACUUGGUUAUCCACGACGGAAUCGAGAGAAUAUACUGUCCGGAAACAAAACAGUAUGCAGAAAGCACACAUCCACAGAUAUACGUCAUUCGUGGAGAAAACCUUCUGAUGCUGGGCGACCUAGACAUCGACACCGAGGACACAGCUAUCAAGGGUUGGGAGAGACUAGACUAUGUCGACACCUACAACAAGAGAAGAAAGCUGAUUGAGGAGGCAAAGGCAAAGUGCACGCAAGAAACAAAAAAACUUGGAGAGGUGGGUGCCGUUGUCGGAGGUGGGUUUGUCUACAAUCUUCACGGUUUAUGAAGCUCUUCAAGCAGAUUCUGCUCUCCGCUAUCCCUCUUCUAGUGUAUUAUUAAUAUGCGGUGUAUUCUUUGUAUUUCUCUAUCUAUAAAGUAUUAUAUAGCUCUAAUUAGCAAAGCAUUCAAAAGUACAAUUGUUUUAUAGUGCAGCAAAGGGG